GCUCGCUAUAUGAACAUGAAUACUGUCGAGUUAGAGGGAACUGAUAUGUUCAACCCAUGCUGCAAUAGUGCUGUCUGAAGAACACAGCAACAAAGCGAAGACGAAGCCAACAAAAGAGUUCUACUCCACAUUGUCACCCACCGGCCGAGGACGUUGAUUUAUAAUACAGCAAUCUCGCUGUCAACCCUUUAAUAAAGCUGAAGUUCCAUAUAAACCCACUCUCCACUACUCUUCUUACUGACACGCCUUACCAAAGCACCAUGGCCGUACCCUCGAUCCGCACAGGGGGGCUAGAGAUUGCCUCCCAGGCAGCGGAGGUCAUCUCCCGCUCCUUCACCACUUCCGUGCUCUCCUCCUUCUUUCUCCGGACGCCUACAUCCACAUGGCCAGGCACCCAGGUCCCCUACGAGCUGAUCAUCGAGCACUUCCGUGACGCAAUCCCAGAAAAGGUUCGUCUGGGGGCCGUGCUGGCCGAGGCGGAUAACUUUGCCGCCGUGGCUUUGUGGUUCCCUCCCUCAGGGACAGAACACGGAGACGACGAUGAGGCAAACGCGCGGAUCCAUCGGUAUAGCCUGCAGGUGCAGGAGGUCAAGAACCGGUGGCUGCAGGGCCGACCGUAUUGGUACCUGAACCUGAUCGGUCGGGAUCCCGGCCGCACGGAGAAAGGUGUGGUCCGAGCGCUGAUUGAUCCGUACCUACGCAAGGCGCAGGAAAGCCGAGUGCCGGUGUGGCUGGAAGCGGUGGACGAGCACAGUCGUGAUGUUUAUGCGCAUUUGGGCUUCCGGGUCGUCGAGGAGAUUCGGGUGGGGGUGGGCGAGUUCAAUCCGCGGGGGGAGUUCGAGGCAGGUGGGACGGGGAUUCCGUUAUAUGCGAUGAUGUCUGAGUAG